GCCAUUAUUUAGCAGCGCCUGUGGCUCAGAUUCUAGUAGCAGUGAGAGAACGGACAUAAUAGUUGGCGAAAGGCAGUUGUUCAGUUGUUCAUAAAACAUAAAAGUAGGCUAUUAAUUUCUCCAUUCUCUACUGUAGUAGUGUGGCAGGGUCUAAGCUGCAGGCCAGGUCUCGUACUUGUUUGGGCACCAGGAAAAGUGUAAGAGCCAGGCCAUCGUGAUCUUCAUGAAGGUGUGAUUGCCAAGCCAUUGUGAUCAGUACUGACACCAAAACAAGGCAAGUAUAGGCUAAGAACAUGAGUAGGAAACAUCUGGAGAUUCUGGGAAAUAGGCAAGCACACCACACACACACACACUCAUCAUGUGGAGUAAUCAGAGGAAGCUGGUUGGAGUCCAAGUUAAGCGAGGUCGGGAAAUGUUUCCCCAUUAACGGGAAGUUAGGUCUGCCAAAACGUCAUGAGAUACUGUCCAAAACAACGCAUAACCAAUACACACCCAGGGUAUAAAAAGUGAUGGCAUGAUCUGUAAUGUGGGCUUUUGGAAGAAUUGUCUCUGAUCUAUGUUGUUAGUAGGGCCGCUGUGAAUAAAGAGAAUUCCCCAUCUGACACCUGUGUCUCGACCAUUUGAUUCCUUUGUUGAACCAUCACUUUCUGCCACGACAUAAUUGGUGACCCCGACGUGAUCGAGUCUGGAUCCUGAGCUGUGAGGAAGGUCGGCAUGUCCCGCACCGAGGUCGCUGAAGAAAGCUGCAGCACAAGAGGCUGCCUCCACUGGGACGUGAGGCCGAGUCUCACUCCUCUGCCUGGGAUGUUUCUGCCUGUAAAAUCUCUGUAACCUGCUGGCUACACCUGCAGAACUGCAGACCAGGGAGAAGAUGAUCUGCAUCCUGCUGCUGCUGGUCCUGCCAGCGUCUGUCUGUGGAAAACUUGUCAUGAAUGUGAGCCAGACUUUCCACCAGGCCAAGGAGAACAGUGACAUCACCAUGGAGUGGACCUUCACGCCCGUCAGGCCCCUCGCUGAUCUUAACGUCUUUUGUGCUUUUUGGUUGUCCGAUCAUGCGACUUCAAAGACUUUAUAUCAUCUACAAGGCGGCGUUGAGCACCCAGAGUCUCAAGACGAGCAGUUUGCGGGACGAGUGCAAUGCGACGAAGACGACCUGAGAAAAGGACUCGUCAGAAUUCACCUGUCCAGACUCAGGAGUGAAGACUCAGGUGUGUUCCAGUGUGAGGUGUUCACCGAGGAUGGUGAUGGGGGCAACGGCGAAUGCCUGCUCACAGUCACAGCUGCAAAACGCCCACCAGAAUCUCCAGAGGUGAGACGGCAGAGAUGGGUCGAUGCUGUGGUCGUGGCAGCAGCUCUUCUAACUCUUGUAGCUCAGGCAGCUCUCGUCGUGGCAUGCGGUCGCCGAGCCCGUGCCCCAGAAGAAAAACCAGAUCCUCUUCUUCCUCAGGAGCCUUCAGUGCGAUUCAACACCACCGGGACGUCCUCAUCCCUCGUGCCCUCGCCACCUCUCAUCUGGCCGUGGAGCGAACCCGGCUCUGAUGCUGCGCCUCGACCAGAUUUGGCAGCGGCUCCCUGACCGGCGUGCCAUGAGGUGGAUCAGCUUGUGUGUCGACGAUGUGCCAAAGACAGAAAGAGCAGGAACAUGUAAAACAAGUGAGUCCACCUGAAGAUGCAGGUGAGGGGGCGACUGGGUCAAACAGACUGCAGUUCACAUCCAUGUCCGAGCAAAAUGUUUCUAAAGUUUCAUAACCUUGACCAGAUCCUAACCUUCACCUGACUAACGAGCUGAUGAUGAGCUGACAGUGAGUGACCCCAAAGUCCAGGUGCCACAUGUAUAAACAAAAAAACAUGCAGACGUUAUUUUGUAGGUGUGGUGAGAAGGUGCUUCCUGCAGACUUCACACCUGCACACACCGAGUUGUGAUGGAGAAGUGGCAGAAAAUUAACAUGAAUAUGGGAAUUUAUGUGACAUUAUUAUUGUAACUUUAUUAUUUCAGUAUACAAUGUCCUUCAUAUCCAACUUCAUUGUGCCUGCAGGGUUUUGUUUUGUUUUUUUUAUUUUUGCUGUCCUGUCACUCACCAUGAAAUGAAGAAGCAGCAACAGGGAUUUAUAUGCAAAUGAGCUCAUUAGGGGCGUGUCAACUUCUACACACACACACACACACACGUGAGGUUGUUUUAUUGUCUCAUCCUGAGAAGUGAACUGGACA